ACCUAUAAUUUUAUCAAAUUAGUAGUUAACCAUCAGUACAUAUUACAUAGUGAGACAAAAUGUUCUAACAUUUACUAAACAAUAUAGUUGUAACUUUUUAUAAUGGUGAACAUGAAGCACUAUAUAAUAAGCCCACUUUACACGUCUCUUUUUUUGGUGACUAUUUCCGUGGUAUUUGUAUCUUCAUUCCCAUUAUCAUUUUUUUCUAUUGAUGGAAAAUCAUAUUUAAACUCAGAAUUUGAAUUAAAUUUUGGAGGUCGCAAAGUUUUAAAUAUAAAUGGAAUUCGUAUUGGAGGACUAAAAAGCUAUAGACCAUUAACGGCUGAUGAAAAAUUAAUACUAAAGCAAAAAAAGGAAAUAUAUGAUAUACAGAGAGAGAAAGAGAGAAAACAGCGCGAUGAAGAAAGGGAAAGGGAACGAAUACAACGUGAAAAAGAGCUACAAAUCCGGGAGGAGAAAAGAGAAAUAGAGCGACAAAAACGUGAAAGGGAGCGACAAUUGCGUGAAAAAGAAAGAGAGAUGGAGCGACAAAAACGUGAAAAGGAAAGAGAGAUGGAGCGACAAAAACGGGAAAGAGAACGACAAUUGCGCGAUAAAGAAAGAGAAAGAGAGCGACAAAAGCGUGAAGAGGAAAGAGAGAUGGAGCGACAAAAACGUGAAGCAGAAAGAAUAAAACGCGAUUUAGACAGAGAAAAGGAGCGAAAAUUACAAGAAGACAAAAGGGAAAUGGAGCGAAGGCAACGUGAGAUAGAAAGAGAAAGGGAGCAACAAAAACGCGAUGCCGAAAGAGUACAACGUGAAGUGGAACUUGAAAGGGAACAAAAAAGACGUGAAAAAGACAGACAAAUAGAACAGCAAAGACGUGAAACAGAACUAAAACAAAAUGAAAAAAAAAGAGAGAUGGAGCGAAGACAACGUGAGAAAGAGCGUCAAAUAGAAGACACGGAAAGAGAAAAACAACAACAAAAGCGCGAUGCAGAAAGAGCACAAUGUGAAGUGGAAAGAAAUAUACAUGAAUUGGAAAGACAGAAAAAACACGAAGACAGAAUAAUGAAGCAAAGAUCAUACAAGAAAGAGAUACAGCAAUAUGAACAACCUGCCGAAAGUGCUGAGGGUGCUGUGUGUGCUGCAGGUGCACCGAAAAAACAGAAACGGAGUGAACAUAAUAUUAAAGAAAAUAAGCCUCUCAACCGUGGAGCGAGAAGAAAAAAAUAUUAAAUACCUAGUAUAUGGAUUGUGAAACUUAAAUUCACAUAGUAUAACCACUAUAACCAAAAUAAAGUUUACAUUAAAAUAUUUAAAAUUAUUAAUUUGAAUUAUAGUUUGAACGUUUAGUAAAAUUACAUUGUUAUAA